AAGGUGUAGGAGUAGUAAGGUGCAGCAAACCACUGACAGGCCUGGGUUGAGUAUUUCCCUUCAGAGAACCACAGCCUCACAAAAACAGCUGCCAUGAGCUUCAGCCCGGAGAGGAUCUCAUCCUAUCGCCGUCACUUUGAGGACAGCAGCAGCUCGUCCUACCAGGUCAGGGUGUCCAGCCCAUCCCCCACCAGGAGAGAGGCCCGUCAUGCCUCCACUGGCUGCUCCACCAGAGCUAGGGCCAGCAGCAUGCGUGUGGACUCAGUGGGACGAAGGACUGUCUCUGCAGCACGCAGGUCUCGCAUGGCAGGAGCGGGUGUGACUGCAGGGGCCAUGGUGUGUGUUGGGCCUAGCGGAGAGCCUGCCAUAGACCUGGAUGUGGCUGCAGCUGAAAACCAGGAAUUCCUCAGCACACGCACAAGCGAAAGACAGGAGAUGGUUGUCCUCAACGACAGAUUGGCUGUAUACAUUGACAAGGUGCGAUCACUUGAGCAACAGAACAAGUUACUGGAAGCGGAGAUUGAGGCCUACCAGAACCGGUUUGAGAAGCCAUCAGGUCUGCGCCUGCUUUACGAGGAACAGCUGAAAGAGCUGAAAAAGAUUGCCGACCAAAUGAGAGUUCAGCGGGACAUUUCCUUGGUGGCCAAAGAGUCUGCAGCUGCUCAACUGGAGGCAAUCAAAGUCAAAUACGAGGAGGCAGUGGAGCUGAGGAAGAAAGCCGAGUUAGACAUCGAGGCCUUCCGUCCAGAUGUGGACAAAGCUACCUCCUCGCGCAUAGCCUUGGAGAAGAAGCUAGAGCAGCUGGAGGUUGAAAUUGAAUUCCUGAAACGGAUCCAUCAGCAGGAAAUCGAUGAGCUCAUGAAACAGAUCUACGCAGCUCACGUCUCAGCUGAGAGUGCAUUCACUCUGCCUGAUCUGGCUGCUGCUUUGAAACAAAUUCAAACCCAGUACGAUGAUAUCGCGGCCAAAAAUCUCCAGGAAAUGGAUUCGUGGUAUAAAAACAAGUUUGAAGAUAUAACCAAGAAGACAUCGAGGCACGUUGAUAAAGUUCGAAGCAUUAGAGAAGAAAUGGCCAGUGCCAAAAAGGAUAUCCAAAGUAAAGAACGCGACUUGGACACCCUGCGGACCAGAAAUGAGGCUCUUGAAGCUCAGAUCCGUGAGACACAAGAAAAGUACAGAAAAGAACUGGAAGACCUGCAGGCUCGGAUCGAAGCCCUCCAGCUUGAGCUGAAAUCCACCAAGGAGAAAAUUGCGCUGCACCUGCGCGAGUACCAGGAGCUUCUGAAUGUCAAGAUGGCUCUGGAAAUUGAGAUCACAACUUACAGAAAAUUGAUUGAGGGAGAGGACCUGCGGCUUUCUGGCAUGGUGCGAACUUUGUCUCUCACCAGCUGUAGCACGACCACCAUUGGUGCUGGGAUGAGCAUCGGCGGAGGAGGCAUGGGAAGUGCGGGUGGAAUGGGUGGUGGACUAAUAGGCCGUGGUGGCGGAGAUGUUGGAGACUUGGGCAGUGGAGUAGGAAUGGGAGGGGGCAUGGAUAUGGGAGGCAUGGGAACAGGUCCAGGAACUGGAAGUCUAGGUGGAAGAAUGGGUGCUGAAGGUACCAGUGGUAAAAAGGGUCCUGCUGGUAGAACAGCUGGGGCAGACCUGACUGGUAGUCAUGGACUGGGAGCUGGGGGUGUAGGUGGACGUAUUGGAGCCAGUGGUGGGGUUGUGGGCAAUGGCAGUGGAGGAAUGGGUACUGGAGGAACAAGUGGUGCUGGUGCUGGCAUUGGAGGUUUGGGGACCAGUGCUGGAGGUGUGGGAAACUUGGGUGCUGGAGGCAAGGGUGACAGUAUUAUGGGUGGGACUGGAAUGGGUGGAGGUGGUCAAACUGGAGGUUCAGGUGGCAUGGGUGGAACCAGCACUGGGUUUGGCAGAGGAAAUGGUGGUGCAGUUGAAGGAAAGAGUGGUGGAAUUGAUGGAGGAAUAAGUAUAGAUGGUAAUAAAGGUCGUGGAAUGCGUCCAGCUGGAAUGGGUGGUGUAGUUGGAGGCAGUGGAGGAAAUGGGGGUGUGGGUAGUGACGAUGCUGCUCUGUCAGGUGUUGGUGGAAUUGUGAAGACAGGAGGAGGAAAGGGUGAUAUGAGUGGCACCGGGGCUGCAUAUGGGUCAGAUGGAUCUGAUAACACUGAGGCCUAUGCAGAGCAGGCUGUGGAGCUGACGGAGAGGAGGACGGUGCUCAUUAGAACAGUCAAAAGUGAGGAUAAUGUGCUGGAGAUGGACCACCAAGAACAGACCUACACCAUCACCGGAGCAGCCGAUGACUCUGACAAUGAGUGAGCAACACGAAUUCCCAAGCGACCUCCUCUUACCCUUAAACCGCCACACCCCUCUGAGCUUUGCACUGACCAAACCCCAUGUCUGGACACUGACCUUUGCCCUGUUGCCCUGGACAAGAAGACCAUGACUGACCCUUUGCUUCAACUCAGAGGGUUGAAGUAACUAUGCCUCACUAGACAACUCAACAUAUUCUCUCAACUUUUGUGUGCCUUGCACCC